UUGCUAUUCACUUACUACUACUCCUGUUUAAUAUUUGUGACAAUGGAUGCACACAUUUAUUAAGGUUAAUGUGUCUAUUAUUUUUUUUUAAUCAAAAAUAUUAAUAUUUAUUAUUAACAAAUCCAGUCACACAUUAUGUAUUGUAAAGUUUAACAACACAUAAAUUAUUUAAUUGUCAAAUGUAUUAGUGUAUUAAAAACCCAGUAAAUAAUAUUAAUGUCACACACAAUGUUACAAUAUUUGCAUUUUAAGUUUAUUAAUGAAAUAUUAUUUAUUAAAGCCAAUCAUCUAAAAUCAUGGACAGAAAUCCUAAUCUCAUGUCUGAUAACAAUAUUAUUGCCAAUCAUAUCGCAAGCAAUCUAUCAUUUCUAUCGGGUUUUUAGCAAACAAAACACUGGCCUCAAAGACCCGGAGCUGAUCCAUAUCAAUAGCCCGUCAUCGUCUCCGGCUAAACAUACCGGUGCCGAUGCGGACACUAUGAGUGUAAAUUCUAUAACAAACUCUAUGGACAACGAUAAUGGAGACAACAAUCGGGUAAAAGAUGACAAUUAUUACAAUAAUGUUUCCCUGAAAACACAGAUAAUAUCGACACUAUUUUAUAUGAUAUCUGUUAGCUUGAAAUACCUGAUGAUGUGUAUUGUUAUGACAAUGAAUGUGACUUUAAUUUUAUGCCUACUUAUUGGCAGUGGUAUUGGUCUUUUUAUUGUUGAUGGCCUACAAUGUCGGCAAACUGUUGACGAGGCCGACAAGUGUGGCCAACAUUUGACAUUUUUCGGCGAUCCCGAUGUACUAAUACCGACAACCGAAGAGGAAAUGGAUAAGCAUUGCAAGCUAAUGUUUGAUGCCAUCAAAUGUCUGCACCAAUACUCGCGCACGUGUUUGCCAACAUUCCCGCGCCAGGCGUUAGGCAUAUUUCUAUAUGAUAUGAAACAAGUUAUCAACAAACGAUGCAAUAUACCAUACAUGCGAAUCAACUUUCUAGAAUAUGCCAAAUGUUGGUGGCCUCGGGAACGGCUACACAAGACAAACGUUUGCGUCGAUAAACAUAUUGCACAGUUAGAGUAUAUCGGCAAACAUGUUGACCCGGAGUUUCAGAUACCGGCCAUCUGUUGUACGUCCCAUCAGAGACACGACUGUAUUAAACGCGAAAUAUCCGAUAUAUGCGAUGACCAGAACGUGGAGUACGUGAUCGAAAUUAUUGACGGCUCCACUCAGGCUAUGUAUGAGUUCACGUGCGAAGGUUUUACGAGUACUAAAGCGUGCGCCAAGUAUUUCAAUACAUCCAUUUGGUCGCCGAUACGUGAUAUUGGCAACACUGACGAUGAAAAAUUGUUGGCCACUCGGCAUAAACACCGUAGCGUUUUGGGUCCUAUUAUCACAAUUAUUACACAUUUUGAUAUGUAA